AUGAUUGCCAGCAAUACAUUGGGUCAACCUAAGUUUCUCAAGGUUUAUGAUAUCUGUACUACAGUCGACCUGGACAGAAAGAUUGACUUUGUGAAGGAGCUGGAUUGCACGCAAUUCACCUCAAGUGAAAUUACUGUCAAGGUUAUUGGUCGAGACAUUAUAGUUAAGGCAGAACAGAAAGAACAGCAGAAUGGUGCAAAUGGUCCUUCAAGCUUGAAUACGGGGUUUUAUAAUGUCUCUGACUUGUACGAUUUAGAAAAGGUCGAGGCAUUGCUUGGUUUAGAUAAAGUCUUAACUUUGUAUGCUCCUCGAAAGGACAAUAAAGUAGUUGAUGUAGAAAGUCCUAGGAACAUUGAAGAAAAUGCUAAUUCACUUAUUAAUGUAAAAAACGAAACUCAAAAAGAGAAUCAAUAA